AUUGCUGUGGUGCCGAAGCAUAGUCUCCCCUAGUUUGGCUCUGACAGGCUGUGUGGGCGAGAGCGCAAAGAAGCGGUCGAUAAGACGGAGUAAGCGCGCAUAUAUUCACCAGCUCGACCACGACUCAGGGCAGCCAGCGCGUCCGAAGACAUGCGAACGUCGCGGACCACCGUGACGGAGGGCGUCGCGGAUCGACGUCGACUCUCAUGGCCCUGCUUGCUCUUGGGUCUUGCCAGCUUCCGUCGGUCUCUGCGCUUGUCUUCCAUGCCUCCCGAGCGGCCGACCACGUCUCCAGAGCCUCUCCUCGAGACCGGGGUAUCUCGCACCGGGGCCGCCGGGAACGCCGGAGCCGUCGACCAUGGCGAAGAACAAGGCGGGGUGGCGCCUGAUUCACAAUCGCCGCAACGAACGUCACCGCUUUCAACCUCUGCCCCCGCCACUCUCCCGCACACGAUGCUCGCGACGACGGCAACCGUCCGUCCUUCGUCGUCCGACCUCAGUUUCUUCUCCAAGCCCAAGUUCGCCAAGGCCGUCGCGUCCACCUCGACCUCCACCGUGGUCACGCGCGUCGUCCCCGUUCAGCGACCGAAGCCGCCAAAGGGUCACCCCCAUGCUCAUUCCCCGGCCUCGCGCGGCUCCUCCGUGUCCUCCCUCUCCUCCCUCUCGUCAUCCGAGAGCGAUGCCUCGCGCGCCCGGUCGGCUGGCCCUGCCGUCACCAAGAAGCGCAAAUUGCUCGAGCACGAGCCCGAGCUCGAACGCGUCGAGCCUUCCGCGACCAAGCCGAAGAAACCGCGCCAGAUAAAGGAGGGCACACGAUUAGGACGUCCACCCAAAGCUCUGAAGAGUAUCCCCCGACCCCCUUCGCCUGGACGGAUCUACAGGAGCGACCGGUCGCGCUCCACAUCUACUUUCCCGGUGGUCGAAGCUCCUAUACCGCGACGAUGUUGGAUAGAGGAAAGCGGGGAGAUGGGACAAGAGCUUCUCAGUUCCGCCAAGGCAGUCAGAGGGCUCAUGAAGUCGUAUAAAGCAUACUUUCACCCGGAUCCUAAGAACCCUAAGAGGUUCGAGCCGGAUCCGGAUAAUCCACCUAUGGUGACGCUGGAGAUGCCGAACAACGGUGCAGUAGAAGAAUUCCUACUUCUCCAACCUAAAGAUCCAGAUCACUAUAAUCCGAUUUUCGACCUCCGUAAAACGCUCGAGACCAUCAUAGAAUCCUACUUAACACCAGCCCAGCAAUCAUUAUUUGGGACCUUACACGACAGCCUCUCUCGCCCAAAUACAGAUCCUGACGAUGACGAUAUACCUGUCCCUGGCUUGUCGCGAUCUCCAUCACCAGCCUCAAAUGCCACGCCAUCCCGCUCCUCCCCACCACAUUCCCGCGUGUCGUCCAGCUCCUCACUCUCCUCACUCACAUCCAUCUCUUCAACCUCCUCAUCGCUUUCCUCACUCAGCUCCAUAUCCGUCACGUCCUCCGCUUUCGAAGCCGAUCCCAACGUCGAUUAUCUAGCUAAGUUGCGGCACGCGCAAAACACCAAGGACGGCGCGACGUACGUGGCCACCCUGCGAGACAUCAACCGCAUCCUGCGCUCGUUCAAAUACCCGCGCCCACCACCCGACUACGACAUCUUCGACGACUUGCCGACGAACAUCUUCAUGGAUUCCGUCAAGUCCUGGACGCCCAGCGGGCUCCCGAAGCCGGUCGCGCUGCGCAUCAUCGAGGAGACGUACCAGCGCGCGGUCGGCCCCCAGAUCCCGUCGCUCAGGAAGUACGAAGCGUUCAGCAGCCACGUCUACGGCGAGCUCAUGCCCAGCUUCAUCUCGGACAUCGUCGCCGCGACGCACCUCGGCCCGGACAGCCUCUUCGUCGACCUCGGCGCCGGCGUCGGCAACGUCGUGCUCCAGGCGGCGCUCCAGACGGGCUGCCGCGCGUACGGCAUCGAGAUCAUGCCCGCGCCGGCGCGCAUCGCGCGCGCGCAGCUGGAGCAGUUCAGGCUGCGGUGCAAGAUGUGGGGCGUGAGCGCGGGCGAGGUGGAGAUGGAGGAGGGAGAUAUGCUCAAGAGCGCGCGGGUGAGCGAGCUGUUGAGCCAGGCGGACGUGGUGCUGGUGAACAAUAAGGUGUUCGCCGAGGAACUGAACGAGGCGCUGCGGCCGAAGUUCUUGGACCUGAAGGAAGGCGCCAUCCUCGUCUCCUUGAAGCCGUUCGUCUCGUCCCUCAACGCGCGCCUGACGGAACGCAACGUGGACGACAUCUCGACCAUCUUUGACGUCACCGAGCGCCCGUACCACUCUGGCAGCGUGAGCUGGGGGAGCGGCGGUGGCAGCUACUACCUGCAUAGGGUCGACCGCGCGGGGUACGCCAGCAUCCGAGAGCGCUUCGAAAAGUCGCGGAGCGCGAGGAGCAGUCGCAGCAGGCGAUGAGAGCGUUUGUCGUCCAGCGCUAUGGGGGCUUUUGAGGAUGUGGUGGUCGUCGUGUUCUGGUAUCCUCGAUUCACGCUUGAGGGACUCGCUUUAGAGGCACUCACACUCGAUACCCAUCAUCAUCUCUAUUCAUUAACAUAUCAUGACGGUCCCGCGCACGCAUUCUGCUGUCGAUGUGCAUGCUUCAACAGGAUUAUUUCAUCCUCUAUUCACUUCUCUCAUAUCUUUAUCCUUGCUUAACUGUAACCGCUCUGUCGUUGCUCUGUCGCCUCGCCGAUUGGCUCCCCAGUUGCAGCCCAUAUCUCUUCUGUUUUCUGUGUUCAUAUCUGUGUCCGCUUAUCUACCAGCGUUGCCCCUUUACACGUUGGGGUGCAUAAUUUCCUCGGUGUCUCCCGCAGUAGUAGUAGUAGCCCAAGCAGUAGCAAAGCGUUUCAUCCAUCACUUGCUGUUGUC